CUGCCUCAUUUAUCUGCGCACCUCUCCUCUAUCUUAUUAUCAUACAACGAGCAACCAUGUCCCCCGCAGCCAUCUACGAGCCCUCUACAUUCCACCCAGACUCCUCAAAGACGCUCGCAGCUGUCCCUGUCAAGGGCCCAGCUCUUGCCAUCGGCUCGCUCGCUACCGCUCAAGACGGACAGUACCAGAGCCUUGUCUCGGAGUUGGAGGAGAGCAGGCAGGUCGACAAGCAGAUGCUGGACCGGCUGGUAGAUCAAGCCACCACCUUGAACUCCGGCAGCUACACUUCGGUCUAUGUCACGCUCUCCCCGCCCGAGUAUGAGACUCUUCGGCCACGGCUGUCUGAGCUCCUUUCCCAGCUCCUCGUAGGCCUCUCGUCCCUCGGCACACUCCACCUCCUAAACCUGACCGCUGCACUCAUCCUCGACUUUCCGUCCGAGCUCACGCUCGCAGGGUUCAACGUCUUAUCUGCCAUCCCUGCCGAAAGCUUCAUCAUCGCUCAGAAGCCCGCACACGUCCCCGGCACGUCGUUCUCCCUCAAAACCAAGUCCUCGAUGGCUGCACCCACGGUCUCGUCGAUGCCCUCUGCGACGCUCCUUCGCCGCAAGCCAGACCCUACACGCUCUGCAUCUAAAAAGGCGCUGUGGACGCUCAGUUCCCCCACCCCCUCCCCGACAAUCGACGCGGAGAGCCUGCUGACUGCCGCGGACCGUGCACGUCCCGUGGCCUGCGAGCCAGCAGUGAAGGGCGCACCGCGCCGGAAGAAGGCUUGCAAGAACUGCUCCUGCGGCCUUGCAGAGCUGGAGGCAGAAGAGCUGCGUGAGAGCAAGGUUGUCGUGCUGGACGGAAGCCAGACGGGCUCCGCGACAGAAGUCGAGCAGAGCGAGAAAGAGCGGCUCGUGCAGGCUGCUAAGGCUGCGCCGAAGGCGACGAGCAGCUGUGGGAGCUGCUUCUUGGGCGAUGCAUUCCGGUGUGCGAGUUGCCCAUACCUCGGCUUGCCGGCUUUCAAGCCUGGUGAGAAGGUGGAGAUCGAUUUCGGGAUGGAUGAUAUAUAAUUUUUCCGCUGUUUGGUCACGCCCCCAGAUUCUACUUCGCUCUUUCCAUACGUCCUACUGCUCUUUCUUAGACAUUGUGCAUUCUUAGUGUUGUAUUUUUUUUGCUUCAAAAAACCACGAUCUCUUGAUUCAC